AUGGCAUCCAAGGUGGCAUCGAAGGCUGUGGCUGCCCCCAAGGCCCCCAGAACCCCCAAGACUCCCAAGACUCCGAAGGAUCCCAAUGCCGAGUCUUCUCAGCAUAUUGUCGUUCUGUGCAACCUCAUGAUGUGCUCCGAGACCUUUGAGGCCUCUACCACCAAGCUUGCUCCUAUCUUGGGACUUUCCCAUGCCAAGAAUGUUCCUCGCAAGAUCAACGGCAUCAUCAACCCCCACGGUUUUGAGUUCAAGAACAACAAGGUCUACAAGAAGGACGAGGAGGGCGCUCCCGCCACUUCAGCCAACACGAGCGGUGAUGAUACGGAGACUCCUACUAAGAAGAAGACGGCUACCAAGUCUGCCACCAAGCCGACUCCCAAGAAGCGCAAGGUCGACGAGGCUACCGAGGAUGAAGCUAUGAUGGAUGAAGAUGUCAACGGUGAGGAAAUUAAGGGCGAGGAUAUCAAGGACGAUGACAUCAAGGGCGACGAAGAUCUCAACGAUGCUGGAGAGGUCUAG